UCGUACUGUGAACAGGUGCGAUUCGGUUGAAUAUAUUUGUUUGGACUGUACAUUCAUUGCAAAUAUUUGUUCUGUGAUUUUGGAUAUUUUAAAUAGAAAUUGUCAAAUUUUUGUCAAAAUUCAAGUUUUGUUGCGAUAUUCUUUGUGAUGGUAUAGAAAAUAUGUUUAGAAAAAAUAAUUCGUGAAAAUUGUAUUCAAGUUAAAUUCAACUGGUUAAUUUUUUUUUAACGACUUUUAUCAUUUUCGGCUUGAGUGAACAUCAGGCCACUGGCUUAAAAUAUGAUGGUCACCUUCAAACCUUUGUUAACUGUGCACCUCUACAUUUUGUAUCUCUUGAAAUAUGCGUGUAGUGAAAAUGUAACCGAUUCUGAUGCAUUGACUGUGAAUUUUGCUAUAGUUAUAUUUCGUCAUGGAGAACGAUCGCCUGGUGCAUUAUAUCCGAAAGAUCCUCAUCAGAAUUUCACAUGGAGAGGUGGCUUUGGACAAUUGACUCAGAGAGGCAUGCAGCAAGCGUACAAUCUUGGUCUAAAAUCACGACAACGAUACAAUCAGCUACUGCCAUCCAAUGAUAUGGCAGACGAAAUAUAUGUGAGGAGUAGUGCAAAGAAGCGAUGUUUGAUGACAGCUAGACAUUUUCUCGCUGGAUUUUUGUUGGCAGACAAUGGCCUCCAGCGAUCAGCGAAUCGAUCGCAACCCAUUGCUAUCAAUAUCAUACCAAAAGAAAGAGAUAAGCUAAUCUCCCAAAGAGCACCUUGUCCGAAGUAUGACAAAAUGCUGAAGAAAAUACUCAUGAACCCACCAGAAAAUCUCAAGAAAUUCAUUGACGACAACAUAGAACUGUUCAAAUAUAUCAGCAAGCAUACAGGAAAGAAAGUCACUUCGAUUCACAGCGGAGAACAAUUGUUCGAUAUACUCUCAAUAGAAAAGGCCCAUGGGUUGGAUCUACCAAAAUGGACUGAAAAAAUCUACCCGGAAAAGCUGUUGUCACUCGCUGAACGAACCAUGGCCGUUGUCACUGAAAAUGACUACAUGAAAAAAAUCAAAGGAGUUAACAGAAUGACUCUGAAAAGCGAUAAUCAACUGAAACCAGAUCGAAAGUUAUUCAUUUAUUCCGGACACGACACAACUCUGAUUAAUGUGAUGCGAGCAUUAAAUAUCACAUCUCAAACGACGAACAAACCCGACUUUGCGUCAUCUUUACAUUUUGAAAUGCAUCAUAAUCCCAAUGAUAAAGAUGAAUUCGAAGUGAAGAUCUUCUAUCGUUCGGAUUCUGAAUGUGAAUUGAAGCCAAUUGAUAUACCAAAGUGUGAUCGUCCGUGCUCAUUGAUAGCAUUUACCAAAGCCGUGAAACAUCUUAUUAUUCGUGACUAUGAACAAGAAUGCAUCAUUUAAUCAAUGUUUGUUUAUCGUUCUUCAUCAACAUUUUUCGUAGCAACUGUUUCCACAUUUUGACCAUAUUUCUAAUGAAUUUCUACGUUUGAGAAGAAAUUAUGUGGUGCAAA